UCCCCGACUCCUAACCGAUUUUCCUUAAUUUUUGACAAGUCCUCAUCCAAAUUGAGAAUGAAUUCUAGAAUUAGAGAUGUGAAAUUACGACUUGUAGUGCGCGUGCACAUAUGCGCCCACCACUAGCUCUCCAGCCAGCCAGGCAAUGCGGCACAGAGGAUCCUCACACCAGGCGUUGAGUCUUCCUUGAUUCCCCUUUCAGUCUUUUUUUGAAAAGUAAUCCGUAAAAAAAUCUAGAACUUAGCUGCUUAUCUUCCAGGUUUGUUUCUCUCAUUGCAGACUGUUACAAGAACUUACUGCAGAUUCACUACUUUUAGGACUUACUUUGCUCUCCAGUAGCAUAUUGGGCAGCCAAAGUUUCCGUUUUGGUGUUUGGGUUUUUGGAUUCUAGUGGUUCCCUCCAUGGGUUGGUGAGCUUCAAGAAUAUUCUCGAUCUGUUUAUAAUUCUAUAUCAAGUGUUCGGAUGUCUGAGCUGGGUGGUUAUCUGAAUUUGGAAGCUGCGGUUGAGUUCUGGAGAGAAAAUUCAGUCAUGUAUAUGAUUUGAAAGCUAAGUCAAUACUUUGUCAAAUUAGGGUUCUAAGGCGGGCCAUUCGCAGCAUUAUUCAUCAUACUGUUUGCUAAGAUUGUUUAUUUGGUGUUGCCCUAAUUAGGGCAUAGCUGAAAUUCAAGCUCUGUUAUGAAGGCUGGCUCAGACAGUUGAGGGACCUGCAAUGAAAACUCUCCUUUUAUUUAUUAAAAAGAUGAAGCAACUACUUGGAGCUUUUCCAAGAACGGAAUUUGCCUUGCUUUGUUUUCUGUUAUUUGCCCAAUUGCCAAGAUUUUUAUCUUCUGAGCUGCUAGAACACUCUCAAGCUUGCAGGACUUACCUUGUCAGCUAUUCAGAUGAUCCUCAUCGUGAAUUAUUUUACGUAAAUGGGGAAUUAUUUGACAAGCAUAAAUUCUGCAAAGCCUUUGUAGUUGAUGCUUCAAACCGUUGCUUCAGUACGGGGAGUGUUGGCUAUCAGCAUUGUGGGCUGGAUUUCUCUGUAGAUGAGUUUACUUCCUCGGGCAGAAAAUUUCUGCAUAAAGCUGUAAGGCAACGGUCCAAUAUCCAUGUUUUUGUCAAAAAAGAGAUGGAAGAAAAGCAUGAUUCUCAAAACAACUCUCCGUGGACCCCAAAAAGAGUGGCUCUGUCUGUCUCAGCAAUUUUUGUCUUGUGCUGUGCUGUGAUUUGUCCAUGCUUGCGUGCUAAAAGGAAAGAAACGUCUCGUUCUGUUCUUUCUAAUGACCAUAAGUCAGUGAAACCCUCUGCUCCUUUGGAAAUGAACUCCGCUAUUGAAAAGGUUCUGCCCAGUCCAUUACGGGUCCCGCCAAGUCCUUCCAGGUUCACACUGUCUCCUGGACUGGAGAGAGUUGGAUCUGUUCAUUUGAAUUUGACUCAGGCUCUUAGAGCCACUCAAAAUUUCUCUCCAGCAUUGAGGAUAGGCGAAGGUGGUUUCGGGACUGUCUACAAGGGCCAGCUAUCUAAUGGUCCCUGCGUUGCCAUUAAACGUGCGAAAAAGGAGCAUGUUGAUACUUUAACAAGUGAAUUUAAAAGUGAAGUUGAACUGCUAGCAAAAAUUGAACAUCGGAAUCUAGUUAAGCUGCUUGGUUAUGUUGACAAAGGAAAUGAGCGUCUCAUCAUCACAGAGUUUGUACCAAACGGUACACUUCGGGAGCAUCUAGAUGGUUCACAUGUAAAGAUAUUAGAUUUUAAUCAGCGACUUGAGAUUUCCAUUGAUGUUGCUCAUGGCCUAACAUAUCUCCACUUAUAUGCUGAGAAGCCUAUCAUCCAUAGAGAUGUGAAGUCAUCCAAUAUUCUUUUGACGGAGAGCAUGCGGGCAAAGGUUGCAGAUUUUGGGUUUGCGAGGCUGGGAGAUACAGAUGCUGAUAAAACACAUAUUUCAACCAAAGUAAAAGGAACCGUUGGUUACCUUGACCCUGAGUACAUGAAGACAUACCAACUUACACCGAAAAGUGACGUCUACUCAUUCGGGGUAUUGUUGUUAGAAAUUUUAACUGGUCGCCGUCCCGUGGAGAUGAAGAAACCUCCAGAUGAGAGGGUGACACUCAGAUGGGUAUUUGGGAAGUUUAGCGAAGGGAACGUAACCGGCAUGGUAGACCCUUUGAUGAAGGAAAAGAUAGACAGGGAGAUAUUGGUGAGGAUGUUUGAGUUGGCAAUUCAAUGUGCAGCGCCUACCCGGACGGAUCGCCCAGAUAUGAAGACAGUCGUAGAGCGGUUAUGGGCAAUUAGAAUAGAGUACUCAAAGGGAGUUAAAAUGGUCUAACACAGCUGCAGAUUUGUCUCUUGUAUUAUGCUGUAAAAAGAGAUCUUCGGUUCCGAAGGUACCAUAGGGGGAUUAGAGGGCCUUCUUGUAAUGCAGCAUGGUUUGUUCAGAACUCAUUAAACAAAAUCAUCAUGUCUGUAGAUGGUAAUGUUGUGCUGUAUACACUUCAACUUGUACCUCAUAGUAUAAAUAUGUCAUUGUGAAUGAAGCGAAGGG